UGGUUUGGCCCGCGGGGGCCGCGGUGCGCGCUGGGAGUGGGGCGGGUGGCGGCGGGCGCGGGCGGUGCUGGUGCUGCGGCGGUGGUGGGAGGCUUCUUAAUCUUGUUUGGUCCGCCGCGUCGCCAUGGCUCUCAACAAGUCAAUGCAUGCGCGCAACCGGUAUAAGGACAAGCCGCCCGACUUUGCCUAUCUGGCCGCCAAAUACCCCGAGUUCCAGCAGCACCUGCAGACCACCCUCACCGGCAGGGUGAGCCUGAAUUUCAAGGACCCUGAGGCAGUGAGAGCUCUGACGUGUACGCUUCUGAAAGAGGAUUUCGGGCUUACGAUCGACAUCCCCGUGGAAAGGCUUAUUCCCACCGUUCCCUUGAGGCUGAACUACAUCCACUGGGUGGAGGAUCUCAUCGGUCACCAGGAUGCCGACAAGCAAGUCCUUAGUCGAGGCAUUGACAUAGGGACAGGGGCAUCUUGCAUAUACCCAUUACUUGGAGCAACUCUGAAUGGCUGGUAUUUUCUUGCAACAGAAGUGGAUGAUAUGUGCUUCAAUUAUGCUAAGAAGAAUGUGGAACAGAAUAACCUGUCUGAUCUUAUAAAAGUGGUUAAGGUACCACAGAAGACUCUUCUAAUGGAUGCACUAAAAGAAGAAUCUGAGAUUAUUUAUGAUUUCUGCAUGUGCAAUCCUCCCUUUUUUGCCAACCAGAUGGAAGCAAGGGGAGUGAAUUCUCGAAAUCCACAGCGCCCCCCUCCCAGUUCUGUCAAUACAGGAGGGAUCACAGAAAUCAUGGCUGAGGGGGGAGAACUGGAAUUUGUCAAAAGAAUUAUUCAUGAUAGUCUGCAACUUAAAAAGAGGCUACGAUGGUAUAGUUGUAUGCUGGGGAAGAAAUGCAGCUUGGCACCAUUGAAAGAGGAGCUUCGAAUUCAGGGGGUUCCUAAAGUUACUCAUACUGAAUUCUGUCAAGGGCGCACCAUGAGAUGGGCAUUGGCAUGGAGUUUCUAUGAUGAUGUUCAAGUACCUUCACCUCCCUCUAAAAGAAGAAAAUUGGAAAAACCCAGAAAGCCAAUUACAUUUAUGGUCCUGGCAUCUACAGUCAAAGAGUUAUCCAGCAAAGCUGCAGCUAUGGGCUGGGAUGCUGUGGAAGCUAUUGCUGUGGUUAGGGCCUGGGUAGAGAAGAUUCUCACUGAUCUGAAGGUUCAGCACAAAUGUGUUCCCUGUGGGAAAGAUGAAGUUAGCCUGUUUGUGACUGCCAUUGAAAACUCCUGGAUUCAUUUGAGAAGAAAGAAACGGGAGAGAGUAAGGCAAUUACGAGAACUUCCUGGAGGUUCUGAAGGUACUUUGCAAGCAAUGGAAGAGGAAAAGAACAGCCAGAAAAGUGUCAGCAACAGUUUGGACUGUGAAAACCUUAAGAGUGAAGACUCUGAAACAGGGUUUAUGGCCUCUGAUGAAGAUGGCCACUUGGCGGCAGGGGAUGAGCUAAUGGAAGACUCUCCUGCCAAAGAAGAACACAAUGAGUAUGUGAAGGAGACAGAAGCAAGUGGGGGAGAUGCAUCACUUGGAAAAGGUUCCAGUAAUGCAAAGGAGGACCCUUGCCCUUCAGAGGAAGCUAGCAAUCUCUCAGUUGACAAACAACAAAGUCCCAAAGAAACUAGUAGAUGUUUUCUCUUUAAAUGUUUAAUGAAUGUGAAGAAAGAAGGAAAUGAUGUAGUAGUAGAAAUGCACUGGGUUGAAGGACAGAACAGAGACUUGAUGAACCAGCUGUGCACAUACUUACGGAAUCAGAUUCUUCGACUGGUUGCUAGUUAGCCCCUUUUCCUACGUUGUUAAAGUAAGCCAGUUCUCCAAUUUGGUAAACUAUUUUUAAUAGAUUAAAAUUUUCAGUUAGAGCAUAACUUGGCAUUUUUUUCUCCAGGGAAAAAAAGAAAGAGUAAAAGGGAUAUCAAAGUCCUCUUUAAUAGCUUUUUGGAAAGCUACAAGGACUGCAUGAAGUGUACUUCAUUGGCUGUGAUGUGAUGGAGAAGUAAUAGCUGUUGUGCUGUGAUGUUGAACAUUUCAGGCAUCAACAAUACUUACUCUGGUCUGCUUUAUGGUGCUAUAGAGUUUAUAUAUUGUUACUAAGUAGAAAUAUUGACUGAAAUAUUUUCAUCAGUAUUUUUUCAGUGCUAAUGCAGGUAAUGAUUAGUUUCCUGUGGGAGUUUUCUGCAGUAAGGAGUCUUCAGCCAAGGAUUUAAGUAUGCCUCUCUCUUCUGUUUAAUGCAUUUAACCUUUAGUAUAGUGAGCAUCAAGACUGAUAUAUCUUCCUGAGUGUCAAUUAAAAUAAUUGCUUUAGAAAA